CAGAAAAUGUGAUAGACGUUUGCAGUGGUCACAGAAUCUGACGGUCACAUAAUUUAGUGUUACACCGUGUUUCUUAACGCGAGAACAGAGCACGGUGACGGGAUUUGUGAAGGCCGGGUUUUUCAUUCAUCACUACGAGGUUAGAAAAUGGCUACUCCGGAUGUACGGCUUAAUCAUACCAUCUACAUCAACAACUUGAAUGAGAAAAUCAAGAAAGAUGAGCUGAAAAAGUCGCUGUACGCCAUCUUCUCACAGUUCGGACAGAUUUUGGACAUCUUGGUUGCACGAAACGUAAAAAUGAAGGGUCAGGCCUUUGUUAUUUUCAAAGAGGUUAACAGUGCUGCCAAUGCUCUAAGAUCCAUGCAGGGAUUUCCUUUCUACGACAAACCCAUGCGUAUCCAGUAUGCCAAGAUAGACUCUGACAUUAUAGCUAAAAUGAAGGGGACUUAUGUGGAGCGUGACCGUAAAAAAGAGAAGAAGAAGGUGAAGGGAGCUGAUGCAGCAGGAGCUAAAAAGGGUGUACCGGGUGCUGCUGUACCCAUGGUUGCUGGUGUACCGACUGCCAUGCCUGGAAUGCCUCCCAUGAGCCAGGCUCCCCGUAUGAUGCACAUGCCGGGCCAGCCGCCUUAUAUGCCCCCUCCUGGCAUGAUGCCUCCUCCAGGGAUGGCGCCUGGUCAGAUGCCCCCUGGUGCCAUGCCUCCUGGCCAGAUGAUGCCCGGACAGAUGCCUGGACAAAUGCCCCAGCAGGUUGCAGAAAAUCCUCCCAACCACAUCCUCUUCCUCACCAACCUGCCAGAGGAGACAAACGAACUCAUGCUCUCCAUGCUCUUCAACCAGUUCCCCGGGUUCAAAGAGGUGCGUCUGGUCCCUGGACGCCACGACAUCGCCUUUGUGGAGUUUGAAAACGAAGUGCAGGCCGGCGCAGCACGGGACGCACUACAAGGCUUUAAGAUCACACAAGCGAACGCCAUGAAGAUCUCAUUCGCUAAGAAAUAACACCUCAGGACAGGUCUUUCUCUUACAUGCACACACAAGUCUUUUUAUUUUGUACAGCAGUCACUUGAACUAAUAAACAUUUUUAUAACAGUGCUGAACAGUGCAGCACGGGCGAUGUAUUUUGUUUGUCCAGGGUUACAUGUAAGUAUACAUUCUUUGCAUCAAGUUGCUGUGUUUUUAUUCUUCCACACUGACAGAACUCUUGACUUAAAAUAAAGGUUAGAGUUCUUCAUCCUACUGAUCGGUAUCAAUUUUAAAUAUACAAUACUCAAAUCCAUGAGCAACUUGAUGUGUCUUCUGUGUUUGUUUUUGAUGAAGCAUUGCACCCAGGGUCUGGUCUACCAGACAUUGUACCUGGAGCUUAUUUCUUUUUGUAAUUAAAAAAUGAAUUUUUUUGAGACCAUG